GCAAUAUGAAGGCACUCUUGAAUUCUGUUUUAGAAGGACGAGUUUCGGGUCCUUCGAUCUUUCUUUCCACCGUACCCGCCAUCUUGCGAACUACCGGGGGUAAGAUGUGCUCCGUUUUUAAAGACCGUAAAAGCAUAAAAUAUAGUUUUAAAUGCAUGUAAAUACAUUGAUAUGUGUGUUAAAGCAUACUCUACAUUUGAGGCCAGAAAUAAUCCGUGAAAGAACGUCUGUGUGGCAUAUAUUGACAUGAUUAGUGAAUGGGGUAGCAGCGUGGCUUCACAUGUGGGCCUAGCCACUGCAGCGUUCGCAAUAAUUGCCGGUUUCUUAGGAAUUUACAAUGUUGGCAUAACCAGAUAGCAAAUAUGGCAUGUCCUGUAAAAUAACAUAACUGUCACGUUGAAGUAAAGUUAACUUGUCAAUCUGGGGAAAUGAAGCGCUAUCGGUAUUGGACAGAGUUUGCGAGCUAAUUAGCUUUAACUAGCUCUGUUGUAAAUCUUGUGUUUUGACUGACGUGCCAUGUUUUAAAUGCCCCCUUUAUAAUUGUUAAUUAGUAUAGUAGCUACCGAUGUGUUCUUUACAGUCAAGUUAACUUUGUCAACAGAUUGUAAUUGUCAGGCGAACGUUAGUCAGACCAGGGUAUUGUAAGCUAGCUAGCUAAAUGUAAUAUACAGGGUUUAAUUACGUUUUUGUAUGUGACAGUAAUGCAUCCAUUGACUUGACUAAAUCCGAGUCUACAUCAUUCUCAGCCACCCUUGUAACCAUACAUUUUACAGCCACUGUAAUGAAGAAUGUAUACUUUGCCAUUGGGUUUCACUAACGUGAAUGUCCAUGUUCCAGUAAUCAGGCAUCAUGACUAACACAAGAGGCAAGAGGAGGGGGACGAGAUACAUGUUCAGCCGGGCCUUCCGCAAGCAUGGUGAGUUCAUAUCAGAAAGACUGAAGAUAUACUGAAAUGCCUUAAGUUGCUUUGAGUUAUUUAAAAGAAAGCACUCAAGGUUAGGGGUGUUGCUGGCAUGAAUCCACACUUGAGAAGCCUUCAUUAGCUACUCUUAAGGCCAUCUUAGAAUUGAGUUUUGGUUGGUUGUGAAUAGUAUAUGUACUUUGUUUCUCAGGCCCCAUUCCCCUGUCCACAUACAUGCGUAUCUACAGGAAGGGAGAUAUUGUUGACAUCAAGGUAGGUGUUCCACUUUUUCUAGGUGUUUACUGGUAGUGACUGCACUUUCACUGAAUUGGUUAUAUUUUGCUCUUUCGACUUCCCCCAAAACAGAAUUCUUAAGAUUGUGAAUGUCUCUCCUCCAGGGUACAGGUACCAUCCAGAAAGGAAUGCCUCACAAGUGCUACCAUGGCAAGACUGGCAGAGUCUACAACGUAACCCAACAUGCUGUCGGCAUCAUUGUCAACAAGCAGGUCAAGUAAGUACAAAGCAAUCUGUGGAGGGGUAUGGCAAAUUGUCACUAUCCAUUUCCUUUCCAGCUUGGCCAUGUAAUGCUCGUUCAUAAAUUAAAAGGAUGUAAUUUCAAUAUCUUUAAAGGAAGGUUGAUGUUGCAGAAGUCUGUCGCAUCUCAGAACCCCAUCUUCACUUUGCCACAAGGGCUGUCCUAUGUCCUAAGUGGUCAUUCACGUGGGGGACAGUAUUUGUCCUUCAGCAACUGGCAAGCACCUACUGUACGUUUUUAACUAGGGUUGUUGAAGGAGACACUUAAAAAAAGCCAUUCUGAGUUGAAGUUCAUUGCGUAACAUGAGUAUUUCGAUAUUCAUUGGAAGUGUAAUGUUUUCUGUUAAGUCAGGAGGUCAAUUACGUUGCAUACAUCUCUUAUGUAAGUGACCAGUAGCCUUUUGUAUGUCUCUGAUUUAAUUCAGAGCUGAAAGCCAUGUCCCCUUCUCUCUGUAGGGGUAAGAUCCUGGCCAAGAGGAUCAACGUGCGUAUUGAGCAUGUGAAGCACUCUAAGAGCAGGGACAGCUUCCUGCAGCGUGUCAAGGAGAAUGAGAAGAGGAAGGUGGAGGCCAAGCAGAAGGGCACCUGGGUCGAACUGAAACGCCAGGUAUGGAGAGCACGUUUACCUGGGCCGUUAUCAGUAGUGUUUUAAUGCUAUAUUAAGCGGCCUGUACACCCUCCAGGACCAGGCUUGUUGGUCACUAUUCUACGUAAUUAAACAGUCCAGAUUUAAGAUAUAAAAUGGACACCAACGCUGAUCUAGUGGAAUGUUGCGUCAAUCCAGUUCUGUUGCUUGGUUGAUGCAUUCUGUAAUGUUAAUUCAGCCAUGUCAUUAUUUCUGAUACAUAGUCCUUUGAAUUGUUUGUAUUUUAAGUAGUGGCAUCUCAUCUGUGCAUUUGUCGUUUCCUCUUCAUCUCUCCCUGCAGCCCACUGCUCCCCGUGACGCCCGCUUCGUCAGCACCAAGGGCAACCAACCCCAGCUGCUGGAGCCCAUCCCAUAUGAGUUCAUGGCAUAACUGUGCUGACCAAAAUACAAAAUGUUUAUACACA